ACGGCACGGCAGCUUAGCCGCGCGCGCGCAGGCGCAGCAAACCUAAAAAAACCACCACCACCCACGCAACACAAACACAAGCCAAGCCAAAGCCAAGCGAAACAGCUGCGCGCAGCAUGGCAACCACGGCGUCCCCGUUCCUGUCCCCGGCCAAGCUGUCGCUCGAGCGCCGGCUCCCGCGCGCGACGUGGACGGCGCGACGAAGCGUCAGGUUCCCGCCGGUGCGAGCCCAAGAUCAGCAGCAGCAGGUGAAAGAGGAGGAGGAGGAGGCGGCGGUGGAAAACCUGCCGCCGCCGCCGCAGGAGGAGGAGCAGAGGCGGGAGCGGAAGACGAGGAGGCAGGGGCCGGCGCAGCCGCUGCCGGUGCAGCCGCUGGCGGAGAGCAAGAACAUGAGCCGGGAGUACGGCGGGCAGUGGCUGAGUUGCACGACGCGGCACAUCCGCAUCUACGCCGCGUACAUCAACCCGGAGACCAACGCCUUCGACCAGACGCAGAUGGACAAGCUCACCCUCCUCCUCGACCCCACCGACGAGUUCGUCUGGACCGACGAGACGUGCCAGAAGGUCUACGACGAGUUCCAGGACCUCGUCGAUCACUACGAGGGCGCGGAGCUGUCAGAGUACACGCUUCGUUUGAUCGGAUCUGAUCUUGAGCACUUCAUCCGCAAACUGCUAUACGAUGGGGAGAUAAAGUACAACAUGAUGUCUAGAGUCCUCAAUUUCAGCAUGGGCAAACCAAGGAUCAAAUUCAACAGCAGCCAGAUCCCAGAUGUAAAAUAGAAUGCGUGUUGUACCCUAAAGAGAAAGCAUGUAACUAUCAAUGAUUUUCCCGUUCAAAGAUGCCCAAUGUAUAUUUUGCUCUUCCAGAAGAGCCAUGAGCUAGGGUAUUUCCGAACUCAAAUCGGGUUCAUACAAAAGCAGAACAUUCACAGUCGAUAAUAAUUUUGUCGACUCCAACAUGGUUACAUAAAGAGAAGCUGAGCAAACUGAGGGUAUUACCCUGUCGUGAAGACUAAGGAAGGGUCUAGCACUCUAGUUUCAUGGCAUUUCCGUUCUAUGGUUUUUGCUGAGUAUUAGCGGUGUGAAAAUGUCGAUACUUCAGGUAAUCCAAUCACAUUGAAAUAA